AUGAGUGCUGAGGGGUACCAGUACAGAGCGCUUUAUGAUUAUAAAAAGGAACGAGAAGAAGACAUUGACUUGCAUUUGGGGGAUAUAUUGACUGUGAAUAAAGGGUCUUUGGUAGCUCUUGGAUUCAGUGAUGGACAGGAAGCCAGGCCUGAGGAAAUUGGCUGGUUGAAUGGCUAUAAUGAAACCACGGGUGAGAGGGGAGACUUUCCGGGAACAUACGUAGAAUAUAUUGGAAGGAAAAAAAUCUCGCCUCCCACACCAAAGCCCCGGCCACCUCGACCCCUUCCUGUUGCACCAGGUUCUUCGAAAAGUGAAGCAGACAGUGAGCAGCAAGCUUUGACUCUUCCGGAUCUUACAGAGCAGUUUGCCCCUCCUGACAUUGCUCCCCCUCUUCUUGUCAAGCUCGUGGAAGCCAUUGAAAAGAAAGGUCUGGAAUGUUCAACUCUAUACAGAACACAGAGCUCUAGCAGCCCAGCAGAAUUACGACAGCUACUUGAUUGUGAUGCUGCUUCUGUGGACUUGGAAAUGAUUGAUGUGCACGUCUUAGCAGAUGCUUUCAAACGCUAUCUUCUGGACUUACCAAAUCCGGUCAUUCCUGUAGCUGUUUACAAUGAGAUGAUUUCUUUAGCCCAAGAAGUGCAGAGCUCAGAGGAAUAUAUCCAGCUGUUGAAGAAGCUCAUUAGGUCGCCUAAUAUACCUCAUCAGUAUUGGCUUACACUUCAGUAUUUGCUAAAACAUUUCUUCAAGCUCUCUCAAACUGCCUGCAAAAAUCUCUUGAAUGCAAGAGUACUCUCUGAAAUUUUCAGCCCUAUGCUUUUCAGAUUCCCAGCAGCCAGCUCUGAUAAUACUGAACACCUCAUAAAAGUAAUAGAAAUUUUAAUCUCAACUGAAUGGAAUGAACGACAGCCUGCACCAGCACUGCCUCCUAAACCACCAAAACCCACUACUGUAGCCAACAACGGUAUGAAUAACAAUAUGUCCUUACAAGAUGCUGAAUGGUACUGGGGAGAUAUCUCGAGGGAAGAAGUGAAUGAAAAACUUCGAGAUACAGCAGAUGGGACGUUUUUGGUACGCGAUGCCUCUACUAAAAUGCAUGGUGAUUAUACUCUUACACUAAGGAAAGGAGGAAAUAAUAAAUUAAUCAAAAUAUUUCACCGAGAUGGGAAAUAUGGCUUCUCUGACCCAUUAACUUUCAACUCUGUGGUUGAACUAAUAAACCACUACCGGAAUGAAUCUCUAGCUCAGUAUAAUCCCAAGCUGGAUGUGAAACUGCUUUAUCCAGUAUCCAAAUACCAACAGGAUCAAGUUGUCAAAGAAGAUAAUAUUGAAGCUGUAGGGAAGAAAUUACAUGAAUAUAACACUCAAUUCCAAGAAAAAAGUAGAGAAUAUGAUAGAUUAUAUGAAGAUUAUACCCGGACUUCCCAGGAAAUCCAAAUGAAAAGAACAGCUAUUGAAGCAUUUAAUGAAACCAUAAAAAUAUUUGAAGAACAGUGCCAAACCCAAGAGCGGUACAGCAAAGAAUAUAUUGAAAAGUUUAAACGUGAAGGCAAUGAGAAAGAAAUACAAAGGAUAAUGCAUAAUUAUGAAAAGUUAAAGUCACGAAUCAGUGAAAUUGUUGACAGUAGAAGAAGACUGGAGGAAGAUUUGAAGAAGCAGGCAGCUGAGUAUCGAGAGAUUGACAAACGUAUGAACAGCAUUAAACCAGACCUCAUCCAACUGAGAAAGACAAGAGACCAAUACUUGAUGUGGUUGACUCAGAAAGGUGUUCGGCAGAAGAAGUUGAACGAGUGGCUGGGCAAUGAAAACACUGAAGACCAAUAUUCGCUGGUGGAAGAUGAUGAGGAUUUGCCCCACCAUGAUGAGAAGACCUGGAACGUGGGAAGCAGCAACCGGAACAAAGCUGAGAACCUAUUGCGAGGGAAGCGGGAUGGCACUUUUCUUGUUCGUGAGAGCAGUAAACAGGGCUGCUACGCCUGCUCUGUGGUGGUGGAUGGCGAGGUAAAGCACUGUGUCAUAAACAAGACGGCGACGGGGUAUGGCUUUGCGGAGCCCUAUAACUUGUACAGCUCCCUGAAAGAACUGGUGCUACAUUACCAACACACGUCCCUCGUGCAGCACAAUGACUCCCUCAAUGUCACACUAGCCUACCCAGUAUAUGCACAGCAGAGGCGAUGAAGUGCUGACAUUCGGAUCCUGCUCCUGAAGCUCAACCACCCUGAGGCCUCUGGAAAGCAAAGGGCUCCUCUCCAGCCUGACCUGUGAAUUGAGCUGCAGACACAAAGCCCACUGUCUUCGGAUAGGACUAGAGCUUUCUUCGACAAAAAAGCAGUAGGGGAAGACACACAGCCUAGUGCUGAGUGACCAUACAUUUCUGAUCUGGAGUGGUUAGCCUUCCUUUCUUUCCUUUUUUUUUUUUUAAUUUUUAUUUAAAGCCACAACAACUCACAACACAAAGAAUAAAAGAAAUACAAAAAUCUCUGCGUGCAGGGACAAAGAGGCCUUUAACCAUGGUGCUUGUUAAUGCUUUCUGAAGCUUUACCAGCUACAAGUUGGGACUUUGUAAACCGAAGGGUAGAUGGGGCUCAGGAGCCCUGUGACCUGAGAAGGCUCGGUCUAGCCUGGUUCAGCCUGGGUGUGCUGCUGCUGCUGCGUCCAGCAGCCCCAGGCACGUCGCACUGUGGAUUAUUUCAUUUUCUAACAAAUGAACGAAAUGUAGCAGAAAGGCACUUCUACACCUAAGGGACGCUUUGGGAGAAUGACAGUUCAUGAACAUUCAGAGGAAAUUCUGUCCUAGCAAAGUGCCAGAAAGUGUUUUGUUUAAACUUUACAAAAUGACAAAAACAACAACCCACCAACAGAAAAAGUGAACUUGGAAAACAGGACUUAAAAGUGACAUUCAGUAUAUUAAAUAUGUACAUAUUAUUGGAUGACUAACUAUCAAAUAGAUGGAUUUGUAUUAAUACCAAAUAGCUUCUGUUUUCUUUUGCUGAAGGCUAAAUUCACAGCGCUAUGCAAUUCUGAAUUUUCAUUAAGCUGUUAUCUCAGUUUUAAAUGUACCUUCAGAAUAAGCUUCCCCACCCUAAUUUUUGUUGCUUGAAAAUACUGUUGUCCCUUAUUUUUGUUAAUAUCCAUUUUGUUAUUCUUUUCUUUUUUUUUUUCAAGAAGAAAUGUACAGGAUGCCAGUAAA